AUGCCUCGAUCACGCGGAGGAGCAGGGCCAUCCCGAUCGGCUCCGUCAAGGCCAACAGCUCCGGCCGCACCCCCUCGUACGGCAGCGCCCCAGCAACAACAGCGUCCAUACUCAUCGACUGCCGCUGCUCCCGCUCAGCAAGCGGCCCAUCCUCCUGCUGCGCAAGCUUCACAGGGUCCCGGUCUUUUCGGCCAGAUGGCCAGCACUGCUGCUGGCGUCGCAGUCGGCUCGUCCAUCGGCCACGCGAUCGGCGGUUUCUUCGGUGGAGGCUCCUCUGCACCAGCCGAACAAGCACAAGCACCCACCGAUGCAUACUCGAACACCGGAAACGCCAUGGGUGCCAAUGCCCUAUACAGUCAAAGCGGCGCGAACGAGGCCUCGGGUCCUUGUGCCGCAGAUAUCAAGAGCUUCACCGACUGCAUGAACCAGAACCAGGGCAAUAUGACCAUCUGCGGGUGGUACAUGGAGCAGUUGAAGGCUUGCCAGCAGGCGGCCAGACAGUACUAG